UACAGCUGUACUGUUACCUACUGUAGUCUCCAGUCCCUGGAGCCUUUUUCUGAUCAGAGGAAGAGAAAGAACAGAGUCAACAGAUGCUGAGCUAUGGCUUCCCCCAGCAUUCUCCUGUAAAGAGCAGUUCCAGUGCUCUAUCUGUCUGUAUGUGUUCACUGAGCCAGUCUCCAUCCCCUGUGGACACAACUACUGACCUAUACCAGUGUCCAUUGUGUACGGAGAAAUUCAGACAAAGACCUGAGCUUCGAGUCAAUACUUUAAUUUCUGAAAUUGCUGCUCAGCUCAAGAAGUUGGCUCCAGUUGAAGCCACACCCUUCACCCCAGGACCAGCCCAGACAACAAUCCACACCAAAUCUGGAGAAGUGCCAUGUGACGUCUGUACUGAUACAAAGCUCAUGUCUAUAAAGUCCUGCCUGGUGUGUCUAGCCUCUUACUGUGAGACUCACCUGGAGCAUCAUCAGAGAGUUGCUUCUUUCAAGAAACACAAGCUGAUCGACCCUGUGGAGAACCUGGAAGACAGGGUGUGUAAGAAGCAUGAGAGACCCCUGGAGCUGCUCUGUGGGAGAGACCAGAUGUGUGUGUGUCAGUUCUGCACAGAGACAGACCACAAGACUCACAAUACUGUCCCCAUAGAGGAAGAGUAUAGAGAGAGGAAGACUCAGAUGAGGAAGACUAAGAAUAAAGUUCAGGAGAUGAUCCAGGAGAGACUGCUGAAGGUUAAGAAGAUCAAACAGACGGUAGAGCUCAGCAAGAUAGAUACAAAGAGAGAGAGAGCAGACAAUGUGGAGGUCUUCACUGCUCUAGUGCGCUCCAUUGAGAGAAGCCAGGCUGAGGUCAUUUUGGAGAUAGAGAAGAAACAUAAAGCAGCAGAGAAGCAGGCUGAAAUAAUCAUUGAAGAGCUGAGGCAGGAAACCACUGAGUUACAGAUGAGAAGCACUGAGCUGGGGCAGCUCUCAGAUAUUUAAGAUCACCUCAUCCUCCAGAGCUCUCCAUCCAUCUGCACCACCCUUCCAACUUCCAAGUACUGGUCUGAUCAGUGUCCACAGUGGUCUGUGUGUGGGGACUAUGAUGAGUACUGUCUCAGCUGUAAAAUACUGAAUAAAGAGAUGGAAAAGUUGUGUGAUGCUGAUCUGAAGAGGACACAGCACUGUGCAGUGGAUGUGACUCUGGACCCUCAUACAGCGAAUAUCAAACUCAUCCUGUCUGAGGACCGGAAACAAUGGGAUGAGGUCAGUGUCCUAGAUGACCGGGGGAAACUCAUCCGGACCUUUGAGGUCUGCAACGUCAACCAGAACCCCCGUCUCCAGGACAACUGGCUGGCCACGCCCUUCCUCUUCCGCUUCUCGGCACCACGAGUCUUUGUGACGCUGCGUUUCUCCGUGCGGGACUGUGCCAGCCUGCGCUCGCCCUCACCCUCCUGCCGCGAGACACUCACCCUCUACUACAAACAGGCCGACUCACAGAGAGAGCUGGAGAGGACAUGGAAUGCAGAGCCAUCCAGUGCAGAGAAGGACACGAGGGAGGGCUGGGUGAAGAUUGACACCAUAGCAGCAGAUAAGAGUUUCACCAAGGUGGAGCCCAGCCUGCCUCACCAGUACCAACCAGACCGCUACCGUCGGGUCAACAUCAAGACCCGCAGCUUCGCGCCGCUCACACGCAAUGGAUUCGUCCUGGCCAUCGUCGACAGCGGCGCAUGCGUCUCUCUGAUGGGUGUGUCCAUCUUCUACCGCCGCUGCCCAGCAACCAAUCGCUAUCUUGCUUCCUAUCCGGCCACACCCUCAGGGGCGGAGCCUACCGCCCUGGUCCCUGUGACUGGGACUUGUGUUCCCCACAGCCAAGCACAGGGAGGCUCCGCCCCCCGCAUGCACUGCAACGCAGAAGGUGAAUGGAUGGUGCCGGUGGGUGGGUGCAUCUGUGAAGAGGGAUAUGAGCCCAAUCAAAACAGAUCUGCCUGCUUAGAAUGUCCAGUGGGGUCCUUUAAGUCGGUGUUGGGUUCGGUUCCGUGUUCAGUGUGUCCGCCUAACAGCAGAACCAGUCAGGAGGGAUCGCGUGUGUGUGAGUGUCGCAGCGGCUUCUACAGAGCACCCGCCGACGUCAACUCCUCCACCUGCACAAGCUCUCCCUCUGCUCCGACCUCUGUCUCCUGGGAGUAUGAGAGUGGUGAUGGUGGGGUGUCUCUGCGCUGGCGCCCUCCAGUGGACAUGGGUGGUCGUAGCGAGGUGUGGUAUGGGGUGGUGUGUAGGAUCUGUCCCUCGGCCACCUUCACCGCCCCGGGGGCGUGCUCCUGGUGUGGAGAGGCGGUCACCUUCACCCCAUCCCAGACUGGCAUCAAGCAGACCAAGGUCACCCUCAACAACCUGCUCACCAGAGUCACCUACCUUAUACAGGUGCAAGCGGUCAAUGAUGUCUCAGCUCUGAGUCCUUUCCCACCUCAAUUCACCAGCAUCAAUUUCACUACUAGCCAAUCAGUGCCCUCUCUGGUCCCUAGCCUGCACCAGUUGAGUCGAGCCCCAGACUCCAUCACCCUGUCCUGGCCACAGCCUGACAGACCCAAUGGAGACAUACUGGAGUACCAGCUCAGAUACUACGACAAGGGUUCAGAUGAGGACAGUGCAGUGAGUAUGUUCAGUGAGACCAACACAGUGACUGUCAACUACCUGGCUCCUGGCUCCAUCUAUGCCUUCCAGAUCAGGGCCCGCAACGAGAGGGGCUAUGGCCCCUACAGUCAUACUAUCUACUUCACUACAUUGGCCCUGGAGGAGAGUUCUAAGCAGAUCCAGAAUCGGCUCCCUCUAUUGGUUGGUUCUGUGAUGGGCGGGGCAGCCUUCCUCCUGGUCAUUGUGGCGAUAGUGGUCGUUUUUGUGUUCCGCAGUAAGAGGAGGGAGAGCCCCUACAGUGACAGACUCCAGAGGUACAUCAGCCACAAAGGGGGGGUGAAGUACUAUGUGGACCCUUCCACCUAUGAGGACCCCAGUGAGGCGGUCAAGGAGUUUGCCCGUGAGAUCGACCCAUCUCACCUCAAGAUAGAAGAGGUGAUUGGUGCAGCCCAGUUUGGGGAGGUGUCUCGGGGGCGCUACCGCCCCCUGGGUCGUAGGGAGGUGCUGGUGGCGGUGAAGACGCUACACUGGGGCGUGACAGACAGAGAGAAGGCAGUGUUUAUGACCGAGGCGGGGGUGCUGGGUCAGUUUGACCACCCCAACGUGCUGAAGCUGGAAGGGGUGGUCACACAAAGCCCACCAGAGAGGAUCAUCACUGAGUUCAUGGAGAAUGGACCACUGGAUGCCUUCCUCAGGGAGAAUGAGGACCAGUUCAGUGUUCUCCAGCUGGUAGGGAUGGUGAGGGGUGUUGGGGCUGGGAUGAGGUACCUCUCUGAGAGGAACUUUGUCCACCGGGACCUGGCUGCUAGGAACGUGCUGGUCAACUCUAACCUGGUGUGUAAGGUGUCUGACUUUGGGCUGUCGCGCCUCAUGAGGGGUCUGGACCAUAACAUGCCCACCUACACUGCCUCACUGGGCAGUAAGAUUCCUGUCAGGUGGACAGCCCCGGAGGCCUUCCAGCAUCGCAAGUUCAGCUCAGCUAGUGAUGUCUGGAGCUUCGGAGUGCUCAUGUGGGAAGUGAUGUCAUAUGGCGAGCGGCCAUACUGGGACAUGAGCAAUCAGGAAGUAAUGAAGGCGGUAGCAGACCAGUACCGUCUCCCAGCCCCCCAUAACUGUCCUCCAGCGCUCCACUCCCUGAUGCUGCAGUGUUGGCAGGCUGAGAGGGGUGAACGGCUAGGCUUCGACUCCCUCCUCUCCUCCCUGGACAGGCUCAUACGACACCCUGCCUCCCUCAAGGCAGAGCAUCCCCGCUCCACCCAGCCACUGCUGAGUCCCACCCCCACAGACCUGUCGUCGGUGGCGACGGUCAGUGAGUGGCUGACAGCGUUAAGGAUGGACAGGUAUAAGGACCAGUUUGAGAGGGCACAUCUGGACACACUGGACCGAGUCAGCAGGCUAACCAUGGAGGAUGUGCAGAACCUGGGGGUGAACCUGUUGGGACACCAGAGGAAAAUCACCAAUGCGGCCCAGCAGCUCAGAACCCACCUCACCCAGGGCCAGGUGGAGGUCUAGAACCCACCAAGCACCUGAGAGCUUCACAGGAAGUAACAGAGGUGCACUAUUGAAGCUGUAGUCCAAGGCAAAGCGAGAUCUGGGAGGAGAGUUGCUCAGAAGGAACAGGGAGAUUUGAGGGAGAAAAGUCUGUUUUAUUUAACUUGUUUGCUGUUUACAUUCUCUUUCUCUUUGCCAGUCUCUACCCCUCUUUCUCUCACUCCUCCAACGUUGUCUCACUACUGUCCCUCUUCCACUCGUAAGUUUCACUACCCCCAGUAAAUUAAAACUGUGAAAAUGUAUUUUUUACCAGAACACAGGAAUCUCCCGUCACAAGCAUUUGCAUAGACAAUCAAAUACUGUUUUUGCUGAUUCAUGUUGAUAUCAUGAGCACUGUUCAUGAUUAUUUGUUAACUCUUUACUGAAAUCAGAAAAUGCCAACCCCUGUUGACUAAACAUUAGCCAAUGGUUUCUUCCAUCGGUCACUAGCCUGGUCACAUCUGGGGAUUAUUCCAUUAGACUCAAGAAAUGGGGGUGUAGUUCAUGGUGUGACAGAAUGGAGUCACCCACCAUUGAGCAGCAACCCCCUCUGUGUAUAUUUCAGUUCACACUCCUUUUUUUAAUAGAUAAAGUCACUGGGUCAUUUGAGCAUUGUGAAUGUGAAAUGACUAUGUGAUCUGAUUGCCCAUCGAAGUAAGGAAGGCGAUGUUAUGCUUCGUGAGUAUUCUGUGUCUGUUUGUGUUGAUGUGUGUAUGUUGUAUGAGGAGUGUGUGUAUGUGUGUGUGGGGGGGGGGGGGAAGAAAUCCCCACCAACUGAGGAGGGUCACCAUUCCUUGUCACUCCUCUUUGAACUAUCUGUCCGGCUAACAAAAUCACAGUUUCCCUGUAAUAAUAAAUCCAUAACACUUAGAGUACAAUAAAACAUAUCAACAUGACAGUUUAAUUCACACAGUAUUUUAAUUUAAUCCGUCUUCACACCUCCAAUGGUGUCCACGCUCCCAGGGUUCUGUGGGAACGUCCCUCCCCGGAGAAAGCCUAAGAUAAGGUGUGUUUGACCCCUUUGAUAGCCCACAGAUGGUCAGCCAUCCAAACAGUGUCAUAAAUUGGAAUUUUGUCAUCACUCUGGACCUCGGCGCCUACACGUCUCCAGUAAUGAGUUUCACCUUCUCUCAUUCUUGUGUGUGUGUAUAUGAGUGUAUGCACAUGAGUAAGUAUGUUUAUUUGUAUGUGUUCACCACUAUUCCACUGUUGUGCAAAUUUGUAAAAUAAAGAAUAUGAUUUUAUUUAAA